UAGGCGAGAUGCUGUUUUCGAACUUACGUUUGAUACUUGAACGAACAGCUAUAAAGUGCGUGAGCACAGAACUGACGAACACCAACCAAAAAACAAACCCACACUUAUCUUGAAAAUCAUGCACCGUUUGACGAUGGAUCUCUUGAUGGUCAUCCUCCUGGCACUUACGGCUGUCAGUCCUAUCAGUGCACGAGCCAUGCCCGGCACAGAGACCACUGACACGUGCAUUUGGGAGCCGUGUGGGGCGUAUGGCCCGCAGUGCCCGGAGACGCAACACAAAGUCACCACCACCAGUAGCGCCCUUUAUACUGUACAGACUCUGUGCUGUUGCAGUUCUAAGAAAUAAUUGCAACGCAAAUGAAGGGUCCGGAGAUGAAACCCGUUCUGCUCACACGUUAAGCUGUGGUAAAGCAU